UAUCAUGAUGCUGUUAGCAAUGACCAACAGAGCAGGAUCUUGGAGGAUGAUAUCUUCAAAUCACUUUUAUUCUUGGAGUUCCAGGAAGAGAUGAACGCUAUUGUGGUGAAGUAAUAUUUCGCAAAAGUUGACUACAAUGGUUCCUGAGAUUGCAGAAGGGCUCGAGGAAGUUUCGAGGAGUUCAAAUAGCAACGCUCAACUCAUACAGCAACAAUUAAAAGAGCUACAGCGACGACUGCAGCAACAGGAAGAGCAGCAACAGCAACAUCAGCUCGAGCUACAUCGGAUAGGAGCACAUUUACAGCAGUAUCUUGUCAAGAUCAAUCAACAACACCAACAUCACCAAUAUGCGUUCAACUUUAUGCAAUAUGUUUACAACAAUCAAUGUCAACUACAGCAAUCAUCUCAGGGGAUGUCUAGUCCUCAUCCUUCAUUAGCUUUUCCUUUACUGGCUGCUCCUCCUCCUCCUCCUCCUCCUGAUCCUCUUCUAUUGGUGAUGCCUAAUCCACCAAAUGCACCAUUGUUAUCCACAUCUCAACUCCAUCUAUCUUCUCUGUGGUCGACGACUCAACUGCCAGAGGGCUCGGCAGCAUCAACAUCAAAGAAAAAAAGAAAACGAGAAACAUGGAUCUCUUAUACACCACAAAAAUUUCAAAAAUUACGCGCCUGAUUGCUUUGAAUUAUUUAUUGUUUUGAUUUCAGGAGUGGUUCAUUU